GCGCUGGGGGGUUGCGGGAGGCGGAGCAGGACCGAGCCGAGCCGGGCAAUGGGGCUGCUGAAUUUCACCCGCGAGCCGGUGCCGGAGGCGGUCAGCGCCGACCUGCAGCUGCUCAACCAGCUGAGCGCGCAGCAAUUUUCGACCCUCGUGGAGGUGCUUUUCCAAUUCCUGCGGGAACCCAAAGAGGUGGAGAGGUUCCUGGCUCACCUGUCCGACUUUGCAGCGGGGAAUAAAAUCAGCCUCAGCCCUUUGAAGGGUAUCGUCAAAAGCCUGUUGUUGGUGCCCAGUGGUGCCUUAAAGCGGAGCCUGUCUGCAGAACAAGUCCGAGCAGAUCUUAUCACCCUGGGGCUGAGCGAGGAAAAGGCCAGGUAUUUUGAAGAACAGUGGAAGGAAACUUCUCCCGCGCUCUCGCAGCUGGCCGUAGGGCAGACGCUGAUGGUUAAUCAGCUAGUAGACAUGGAGUGGAAAUUCGGAGUGACGGCCGGAAGCAGUGAGAUGGAGAAAGUAGGAAGCAUUUUCCUGCAGCUGAAGCUGGUGGUUAAGAAAGGCAGCCAGCUGGAACCAGUAUAUCUGGAAUUAACCCUGCCGCAGUUUUACAGCUUCCUUCACGAGAUGGAACGGAUGAAGACCAGCCUGGAGAGCCUCAGCUGAUUUUCCUGUCUACCAGACUCUGCAGGACAUGCUGGAACUCAGGACCAAAGACCUCUUCGGCCCCACCGUUCCUUCCUUCCGCUGCAGAAAAAAAAAUAAUGCAAUUCACAUGGAUUUAGUGGGUGAAGUACAGUUUCAGGGUGAAAAUGGUUUGUACAACCUGUUAAAGAGUCCCGGUUUGCAACAAAGGACAAGGUGGGAAUUGGUUGUGGAAGCAAAACUGAGAUGGCAAAUAAACAUUUUUCUUUUCAAGCAAGGAAGUGGGAGCCCCUCGGUUGCCCCCCCCCCUCACCACACUGCUGGCAUGAAGACAAACGACAAUAAAGGAGAACUUGUGUAGCACAGGGUUGAAAUGAGGGAUCCUUUGGUGCUCUUGGCUUGAUUUUCUUUUUCAUGCAGACGUUUCAUGACCCAACUAGGUAAUAUCAUCAGUGCUAAAAGGUUUGGGGGAAGGAGGAGGAGGAGGAGGCCUGUUGAAUCCUUGGUUGUUCUGUAUGCGCCCCCCGAGCUGGGCCUCCUGCCAGAAAGUGACUUGGAAAGUGAGGGGGAAGGGCCAUCAGGACUUACCUUGGGAGCACCGGCUCCCCUGGCUCAGCUCCAGGAGCCAGAGGCAGGCCAGGUGAAGGAGAUAACAAGGCCUCCGUCCCCUGACUCUUCCCCCCCCAGGCCACGCCUUCAGACCCAGCUGAUGGCAAUCAGGCCUGGCUGGACCCUAGGUUUCGUAGGCAGGAGAGGCGGGAACAACAGAAGCAGGGGUGGGGCAGGCCUAGCAAGUGCUGAGUCAUGGAGCCACACCCCACAGGAUAUAAAAGCAGCAAGGGCUGCUAUGCCUCUUCGUAGCAGGCAAAUCAACUGCUUAAUUAAGAGCUGAAGUACUGUUUGUUCCUGGGUGACUCAUCGGCGUCGAGGGAGAUAACAGAGACACUUGGCAGACACUCGCUAGUUUUCUGCCAAAGCUGAUAGUGCCGGCUAAUUAAGCCAUCGCUCGGACGGAGGCGAGGGGGGACAGAACAUUGGUGCUCUGUGCUUGGUUGUCUCUUUGUAUGGUAGUGGCCAAAAUUGUGGAAACCUUUUGGGAAAAGUGUGUUUUUGAGGUUCAAAGGCUAAUAACACCACUUUUUUGAGGGGAGUUUCAAGAUAAUCCUAUUCCACUGCUGGAAUGGUCUGGGAAUAGCCCAGACCAUCUUAACCCAAUUGAAAAUCAAUGGAGCCGACUAAAGAAACUUGUUAGUCAGAAGCAACCCAGCAAUAAAACCCAGUUAAUAGAAGCCAUCCUUCAAUAUUGGUUUCACAUUAGAACAGCUGCAGAACUCAAAGACUUGGUUCACUCUAUGGGAAGACCUUGUAAGACCAUAAUUCAUGCUAAAGUUUACCCAACUAACUGACAUGGUGAUCAUUUUUGUAUAUCUCGUUUUUUUCUAUGUGUUUCACUUUUCUUUUUAUCCUGUAACUGCUAUUCUAAUAGCAAAUCCUUCAUAAAAAUUAUUGCAUUACGUUCUUGAUUAAAUUAUCUUUCCAUUGAUAUAUAACUUUAUGGUACUACUCCAAAAAAAAAGUGGUGUUAUUAGCUAGUUUUAGAAAAUACACUUUUCCCAAAAGGUUUCCCCAAUUUUGGCCACUACUAUUAAAGUUUCAUUGCCCAACUAGCUAACAACCUUAGUGCUAGAAAAGAGAGAGGUCUGUGGAGAGGAGGAGGAGGGGGACAUCCAUGGGAGUUCUUGGUGCCCUUUGAGCUGUUUUCUUGCCAACAUUUCAUUACCCAAAAUAGCUGAUAGCAUCACUGCUCUGCUGACGUUACCUAGUUGGGUCAUGAAAUAUCUGCAAGAAAUCAACCAAGCUCAGAGGGCACCUCAGGAAGUAAAAAGUGUUAUGAGGUUGCACCAGAUCUCAAGAGCUGCUGCUGUGGCUGCUGCUCCCCAUGGAGGUGGAUGGCAAUUCUUGCCGCUUUGCUGGCUGGGGGAUUCUGGGAGUUGAAGUCCACCAGGCUUAAACUUGCCUAGGUUGGAGACCCCUGGUUUAGUGCAUCUGAUUGCAAUCACAUGCAGUUACUACUAGAAUAGAAUUUAGAAUUUAUUGGCCAAGUGUGAUUGGACACACAAGGAAUUUGUCUUUGGUGCCUAUGCUCUCAGUGUACAUAAAGAAAAAUAAAAUACAGUCAUCUAGAAUCAUAAGAUACAACACUUAGUGAUAGUCAUAGGUUACUACAUAAGCAAUCAAAUCAUUCUAGGAAGCAAAACAAUAUAAAUUGUAGAGAUACAAGCAACAAGGUUAUAGUCAUAAGUGGGAGGAGAUAGGUAAUAGGAAGGAUGAGAAGAAGAAUAGUAUAGAUUGAGAGAGAGAGAUGAUAGAGAUGAUAGAUAACAUGAAUGGAAAAAGAGAAAAAAAAUAGAUUGAGAGAAUAAAUAGAUGAGAGAGAAUAGAUUGAGACAUAAUAGAGAAUAGAGAGAAGAUAGGGAAAAAUAGAUAAUAGAUUAAGAGAGAAUAGAUAAUGGACAGAUAUGCGUAAUAGAAUAGAUAAGAGAUGGUAGAUACAGAGAAUAGAAAAUAGAUGAGAGAUAAGAGAAAGGGAAGAUAGAGAUAAUGGAGAGAGAAUACAUAACAAAUAGAAUAGAUUUUUUUCUAUUGGUCAAAUGUGAUUGGACACACAAAGAAUUUGUCUUGGUGCAUAUGCUCUUAUUGUAGAUAAAAGAAAAAAUACCUUCAUCAAGGUACAACACUUACAACACUUAAUGAUAGUCAUAGGGUACAAAUAAGCAAUUGGGAAACAAUAUAAAUAUAAAUUGUAAGGAUACAAGCAACAAAAUUACAAUCAUACAGCCAUAAGU